CGGCGCCUCUCUGUCAACAUUAGGAGAUGAAUAACAGCCAGCGGCGUCUAGCGAGCCAGUGAGCGGAUGUGUCUGCGACUUACCUCUCCUCGUGCUCACCUCACAGACAGGUUUCCACUAAGCACCGGAGGAGGGACAGCAUCACCAGCCCUGACACCACGACGACGACGUCAACGACGAUGAUGGUGAUGAAUAAAUCAAACUGAUGGACCCCCAGAGGAAGAGCUCUGAGGAUGACGGCGGUGGCGAGCGAGGCCUGCUCCACACCUGGAGGGGCUACUCCUGCAGCGUCACCCCGGAGAGGCUGCUGCUCCCCCGGCCCGUCCUGCAGGCAGCGCUGGGCGCCCGGCAUGGAGUCCUGCUGGUGGAAGGUGGGCAGGUGUACAGCUUCGGUGAGUUGCCAUGGAAGCAGAGCCAGGCGCCCGAGCUGGCCAAGCCCGUCCUGGAAAGCGCUCUCAGCGGCCAGCGCGUGGUCGCCGUGGCGGCCGGAAGCUUCCACAGCGGGGCGGUGACGGAGGACGGCGGCGUCCACAUGUGGGGGGAGAACGCCGCGGGGCAGUGCGGCCUGGCGGGCCUGAGCACCGUGCCCAACCCGACCCCGGUGGCGGUGCUGGACUCCGGCAGCAGCCCCCCGCAGACGGUGCCCGUCCUGGAGCUGGCGUGCGGCGAUCAGCACACUUUGGCCCUCUCUGCCCAGCGGGAGGUGUGGGCCUGGGGCAGCGGCUGCCAGCUGGGCCUCAACGCCAAUGUCGUCCUCGUGUGGAAGCCGCAGAAGGUGGAGCACUUGGCGGGCAGGUAUGUGCUCCAGAUAGCCUGCGGCGCCACCCACAGCCUGGCCCUGGUGCGCUGCCUGGGCCCCCAGGACGCCCAGCGGCCCCCUCAGGACAAAUGUGGACACUGUCACCAGCUGCUUUACACCAUGACCGACAAAGAGGACCACGUCAUCAUCUCGGACAGACACUGCUGCCCCCUCGGGGUGGAGGUGACGGAGGGCGAGGCCAGGCUGGAGGCGCCGAGCUCCACCCAGGGGCUCCGGACAUCCCCGUCAGAGCCCAUCCUCCCCUCCCACACCUCUGCACCCAGCCAGGCCACAGCCCCCGCCUCCUCCCCGGCCCCUGCUACAGGCAGCGACCCCUCCCACCCCGAAGUCCAGGUGAAAGGAGAGUCGGGGGAGUCGGGCCUGGCUAACGGGGAGCUGCCUGCCUCAGACUCUGACCCCUCCGCUCAGCACAGGGGGGUCAAGAGCUCGCCCUACCCCGACGAGCAGGCUGUCAAAGACUACCUGAAGAGAUUAUCUGACCACACUAUGGCAGAGCAGACGGCCAAGACAGCAGCUGGAGGACUGCACACGUUACUGCCCUCUGCCUCGUCCACCCACCCCGCCUCCGCCCUCAACAGCCUGGUGGCCUCCUGUGCCUCGGCGGUGGGCGAGCGCGUCGCCUCCACCUACGAGGCCUUGUCCCUCCGCAAGAUGAUGAACUUCUACCUGCCCUCGGGCGGGGCCGCGGGCGGGGCGGGGCAGGGCGUCCCGGCCGUCUCCUCCUCCUCCGUCCUGGGCGAGGGCACCAAGGAGCGCGUCCGCCUGGAGGAGUCGAUGCAGGGGAAGAAGAGCUCGAGCACGGGGGACAUCCGCGAGGAGGAGGCCGAGGGUCUGCGGCGCCGCCUCUCUCUGCCGGGACUCCUCUCUCAGGUGUCCCCGCGGCUGCUGCGGAAGGUGGGCCGGCCCCGGCUGCGUGCGGUGGCCCUCACCCCGCUGGGAUGGGGCGUCCCGGAGGCCCAGGAGGUGCUGCCCUCCCUGCAGACGGAGGUGUGGAGCUGGGGAGAGGGCGAGCACGGCCAGCUGGGCCACGGAGACAACCUGGCCAGGCUGCAGCCGCUGUGCAUCAAGAGUCUCAACAACAAGGAGGUGGUGCGCGUGGCGGCCGGCACUCACCACUCUCUGGCUCUGACCGCUCAGUCUCAGGUUUUCUCGUGGGGCAGUAACAGCUCCGGCCAGCUGGGACACAUGGAGUCACCGAGCACCAUCCCCCGCCUCGCCAAGCUGUCAGAGGGGAUCCGGGUUUGGGACGUGGGUGCAGGGGAGAGACACACCCUGCUGCUGGCCGACGGCGACUGCUACCAGCCCAUCCUCUACUACAGCGGGCAGCAGGUGAAGGAGGCGGGGCAGGAGAGCCAGGAGGAGGUGGAGGAGCAGGCGGGCGGCUACACCCAGCAGCCUGUCCUGCUGCCCUUCUGCAUGAACCUGGGCUACGUGAGCGGUGUGUUUGCGGGCGGCCAGCGCUGCGUGGCGCUGUCGGAUCGCAACGUCAUGGGCUUCAUCUCCAGCCUGCACGAGCUCGUCUCGGCCGAGAGGAAGUUCUACUGCAAACUGUGCGGCAUCAAGACGCAGGCCAUGCGCCCCCUGCUGGAGCUGGACUCCCUGAGCUCCGCCCUCGGUCCCGUGUCUCUGGGGCUCCUGCAGGCGCUGGCCAGCCGCUUCAGCCUCCUGUGUCACCUGACCGGCCAGCACUCGGCCAGCCUGACCGCCAACCUGCGCCGCGGCCGGGACGUCAAGGGCCUGCUCAUCCUCGACCACGCCGCCAUCUUCCUGGACGCUUACAACGAGUACUGCUGCUCCGUGGGCCACUUCCAGGUGAUGGGGGGUUUCCAGGCCCUGACCAAGCCUGCACAAGAUUUCUUUGGGAAGAAUCCCGAGCUGCUGCAGAGGCUGGCGGAGUGCGGCGAGGAGAACCUUCCCAUGGCCGACCUGCUGGUGGCGCUCUUCUACCUCCCGACGCGACACCUCCACGAAUACGGCCGUCUGCUGCUCAAACUGGCCACCUGUUUCGAAGUGAGCUCCAGCGACUACCAGAGGCUGCAGGACGGCUGCUCGAAGUUCGAAGCUCUGACCCUUCAGCUGAAGAAGAAGAGGAAGGAAGCCGAGUACACCAGCCACUUCUGGAAGAGCUUCCCCGGCAAGAUGACAGACUCUCUGAGGAAGCCUCACCGCCGGCUCAUCUGUGAGAGCAGCAACAAGGCUCUGACGCUGCAGAACGCCGGCCGGUUCUCCGUCAACUGGUUCAUCCUCUUCAACGACGCCCUGGUCCACGCACAGGGCGUGGUGCCUUGUAAAAGUCUCUUCUCCACCCAUCACGUCUUUCCGUUGGCCACGCUGUGGGUGGAGCCGAUCCCAGAGGAGAACACUGGCCUGUAUGGGUUAAAGGUGAUCUCUCCAGAGGAGACCUUCACCCUGCUGGCCUCCUCACCCAUGGAGAAGGCCAAGUGGCUGCGCUCCAUCAACCAGGCGGUGGACCAGGCUCUGAGCGGGGCGGGGCAGGAGACGGCGUCGAUCGGCUCGGGGGCGGGGCAGAAGGCGGAGCCUCCCAUCUCCAGGACGGCGUCCUACACCUUCUACAAGGACAGCCGCCUGAAGGAGGCGACGUACGAGGGCCGCUGGCUGGCCGGCAAACCCAACGGCAGAGGAGUGUUAAAGUGGCCCGACGGGAGAAUCUACACAGGAACAUUCAAGAACGGACUGGAGGACGGUUUUGGUGAAUUCAUCUCUCCCACUAAGACUCCAAACAAGAACGACCACUAUCAAGGCUGCUGGAAGGAGGGCAAGAUGCACGGCUUGGGGACGUACAGGUACGCGAGCGGCGAGGUGUACGAGGGCUCCUUCCAGGACGGGAUGCGUCACGGCCACGGGAUGCUGCGCAGCGGCAAGCUCAACACGUCGUCGCCCAGCGUCUUCAUCGGCCAGUGGCUGCACGACAAGAAGACCGGCUACGGGGUCUUCGACGACAUCACCAAGGGGGAGAAGUACAUGGGCAUGUGGCAGGACCACCUGCGGCAGGGCACCGCGGUCGUCGUCACCCAGUUCGGCCUGUACUACGAGGGCGCCUUCAAAGACAACAAGAUGAUGGGAACAGGUGUUCUCUUGUCAGAAGACGACACGACGUUUGAAGGUGAAUUUUCGGAGGACUGGACGCUCAACGGGAAGGGUGUGCUGACGAUGGCGAACGGCGACUACCUGGAGGGCUCCUUCAUCGGGGAGUGGGGCUCCGGCCUCAAGGUGACCGGCUCCUACUUCAAACCCAGCCUGUACGACUCCGACAAGGACAAGACGCGCCCCGUUAAGCUGGGCCGGCUGUGUGUGUGUGCGGAGGACAAGUGGAACGCCGUGUUCGAGGAGUGCUGGACUCAGCUGGGCUGCGAGGCUCCGGGGGUCCAAGGAGAGAGCUGGAAGGCCUGGGAGAACAUCGCCGUGGCCCUGACCAGCAGCCGGCGACACAUCCAGGACAGCCCGGAGCUGUUAUCUCGGAGCCACAGCAGGACUCUGGAGAGUCUGGAGGUCAUCCCGCAGCACGUCGGACCAAUCACCAUGGACAGAUACCACACCAUCCGCUGCUACCUCAUCAAGGCGUGUGACACCCCCCUGCACCCUCUGGGCCGGCUGGUGGAGGCCCUGGUGGCGGUCUACAGGAUGACCUACGUGGGCGUCGGGGCCAACCGGCGGCUGCUGCCCCAGGCCGUCAUCGAGAUCAAGUCCUACCUCAACCGCAUCUUCCAGAUCGUCAGGUUCCUGUUCCCUGACCUGCCAGAGGAGGGCGGUCUCAUCCCUGAGCCCUCCACGGAGCCGCAGGACAAGAAGGAUCCGGACUCGACCGACGCCCCGCUCGAGUCCCCCAAACCCGGCCGCGUGGUGAGCAGCUCGGCCCUGCUGCUGCCCGUCCUGCUGCCCCGCCUCUACCCGCCUCUCUUCACCCUGUACGCCCUGGACAAGGAGCGCGAGGACGACGUCUACUGGGAGUGUGUGCUCCGCCUCAACAAGCAGCCCGACCUCGCGCUGCUCGCCUUCCUGGGCGUCCAGCAGAAGUUCUGGCCCGUCUCCAUGCCAGCUCCAGGGGAGAAGCAGCAGGUUCUGUCCAGCACCAAGGACGUCUGCUUCGCCUCCGCCGUGGAAACCCUGCAGCAGAUCAGCACGACGUUCACGCCGUCCGACAAACUGCAGGUGAUCCAGCUCACCUUCGAGGAGAUCACACAGGAAGUGCUGUCCAUGCUGAAGCAGGACUUCCUGUGGUCCAUGGACGACCUCUUCCCCGUCUUCCUCUACGUGGUGCUGCGCGCUCGAAUCAGGAACCUGGGGUCAGAGGUCAGCCUCAUCGAGGACCUGAUGGACCCCUGCGUGCAGCACGGAGAGCACGGCAUCAUGUUCACCACACUCAAGGCGUGUUACUACCAGAUCCAGCAUGAGAAGAUCACUUAAGGUGGGCGGGGCCUCGUUCCUCCUCAGUGCUGAUGCAUGCCCCUCCCCCUCCCCCCUCCCCGGUGCCGGUGACAGCCAAUCACAGAGCCGGGAUCAGCCGGCUUUGCGAUGACGGACACGUGCAGCGGCCAAUGGGAUGACGAGGAGGGCGGAGGAUCAUGUUGACAGGUUGCCGGCAGCUCCAUCUGCUGCUGUUAGAGAGACGGGACCGACUCACAACACACACACACACACACACACACACACACACACACACACACACACACACACACACACACACACACACACACACACACAGAACUACCAGCUUCUUAUAGAGACAUAAACACACAUCAAACAAUAGAAGAUGCGGAAAUUUCAAGCAGAAAACAGAAAUUAAGCAUCUUUAGCGACUGUGACUCCGACAUGAAGGAGCCUGUUUUGUAUUGAUAAUGAAAAAAAAAAACAGAAAUGAACAUUAUUUAGUGGGAAAUUAAAGGCUAAUACCGGUGUUUUUUUAAGUCCCGACAGUCCAGGCUCGUCUGUGGUGUUUCCCUCCUUCAAAAGAAGCAAUUUGCUGCCACAGUUUGGAUAAACAAACCAGAAUGAUAUGAAAAAAAAAAAUCUGUUUUGUCCUUAUUUUAUCAUGAGUUUUUUUCAUAUCAGCAUUUUGUUAUGCUUCACUCAGAAAGACUUUACUUUUGAAUUUAGUAAUCUUGUAUCAAAAUGGCAUGACAGCAGUUUUUUGACUCACUUUUUGAAAUUAACCACUAAAACCCCAAAACAGUUAAUUUAGAGAAAUCAAAACUAGACUUAGACUGAUGUUAACGAGCUGUAAAUCUUCACAACACCGGUGUUCUCCUUUAACCGCAGCCGGCAGCCAAACACAGGUGUGUUUUGCCAGGUUCACCCGCUCUCCCGCCGACCCACCGGCAGCCUAACAGCCACCGCUCCUCUGUCCUGACGAGCAGUUUUCCUGGUCAAACUGUAAAAGCCGCCAGCUUCGCCCUGGUCGCUGCAAAAACUGACAUUUUUCUAUGAAACUGACCGCCGCGGCAGCCUCGGAUCCAGAGAUAGGACUGAACACGGACAGAGCGCUCACUCUGACAGAGACUUUGGGCUGGACCUGUGACCUCGAAGCACACGUGUUCCCCAAACACACACUACGUCCUGAUGAACACGGAGACGGUCUGAGCUGCAUGACGUCAAACAAAAUAAGAGCACAGGGCUGCCGUUUGUGCUCCUCCUCUGGCGGUUUGGCCCGAUAGAGACACAAAACACACACACACACAAUAUCGUUUUAUCUGAUAUUUUGGGUCAGGACCUUUUUAUGUCAAAGGCAAACCAUUUCUGCCCUGAUGUAAAUGUUUCCCGGUCAGGAAACGUUGUUUUGAAGGUCCCUUUUCCUCGACCUGUGUCUUUAGCAAAAGGUUAACAAGAAAAGCAAAAACUAAACCGGAGGUCAGUUUGGUUUUUCGAAGACAAUCUGAAAGCGAUUUGUGUUUUCCGAGCCGAGUGUCAGUAUUAAAGACUCUGCGCUUGGUUUCAAGUGUUGGAAAAACAAUGGAAGAUGAAUUCGGGGGGGACUGACAUGUCUUGAAAAGAAAAGUGUGAAAAAAAAAUAAUGUUCAUCAAUACUCAAUACUGCAUAUUUAUGUUUGUUUUGUAAUGUUCACAGUUUGUGGUGUUAUCUUCAGCCCAGCCACCGUCAGUAUAACACAUCAAAUCAUAGAAAAACUGACUAAAAUCAUCCAGUUCAGUCAAAGAAAUAGACUCUGGAAAGUGGAAUUAUGAAAAAUCUGAUUUUUUUUUUUGGUUACGUACAUGCACUGAAAUCGCACUUCCCCAUUGACAUUCAAUAGAAAUACAUUGACGAUACGCUCAUUAGUCAGUAUGCUCUCUGUGGCUUUGUGCGUUUGUAUUAAUUUUAUUGUUUUUGCCAGUGCAGUAUUCAGCGCAGGUGAUGCCAAAUUUCUGCUGAGAAUCUUUUUAAUACCUUCCAGUGUUUUUUUUUUUUUUUUUUUUUUUUUUUUUUUGGUGAAAUAAUGAAAGCAGAAGUUCAGUUUGGGAAUUUAUAAAGCCGGGUGUAUUUAAGAGUUUAUUAAAGGCCGCUGCAGACGGUUGUUGUUAUUAUUCCUGUGAUGCUGAAAGCGGCUUCUCCGCGCCAUCUGCUCCGCUACUGUAACCGUUCUUUUUUUAACCCGUUUACAGCAGUUCCAGCCUAUUUAUGUACAAACGGCACGUACCAGCCGGAGCGACGGCUUAAGGUUGGAUUCAGCGAUGACCGAGCCUUUUGUGAUAUCACGGCUUUUGUUUUUUUUUUCUUUUUCUUUUCUUUUUAAUGUUGAAACGCCGGAAAGGCCGAUGCACGAGGUCGUCGAGUUGUCGGCUAAAAGGCAGUUUGAAAAUCCAAAAUCCUCAAAAAAAAAAAAGUCAUGGAAGGACACGCUCAGAUUUUUCAUUUAUCAAGUUUGCUCACAUUUUCUGGCAUUAAAGGCAAAUCUAACAUCAUAAGUCAGGUUUUUGAUAAAUAUUCUUUAGACUAACUUCACCAUACUUGAGUGAUGUUUCACUAUUUUAUUUACUUUACUUUAAAAAUGUACACUAAUAAAUCUCUAGAAAAUAAUCUUGUUGGAAAUGGGGAAAAAAAGUCAGUUAAAAUUGUGUUUUCCUGUCUGAAAUGUAUUAAAUUUCUACCAGUCACUCACUCCUCACUUUUGAUUUGGACAUUUUAUGACCCAAGUGGUGUUUUUCCAGCUUUUUACUGCAGCCGAAAGAAUGGAACUUUUUUUUUUUUUAAACAAAUGGCAAUGGGUCACCAUUUUAAAUUGCAGUCGUCUUGUUUUUUUCCAGUCUGUCCCCUGGUUGUUGGUGGGUUUUGUGACCGUACGUGUCUGACGCUCUGUUAUGCAGUGAAGUAAUAUCAUCUCUGAAACUGAAUAGUUCAUUUCCACAACAUUGUACAUUGCUUUUGUGGGGGAAAAAUAGCAAAAACAUUUCAAGUUCAUCAUUCAGUAUUCUCUAAUGUACAUUAUUUUGUCUUCUGCUUUUCUUUAAAACAUACAUGAGUCAGUUUCACUUGAUCUUUCAAACUACUUUCUGGAUGAAACUCUUCACUAUGUUGUGUUGAUGUUGAUUAUGCGCUUAUGAAUUUUCAUUUCCACCACAGCUCCAUUUAACACAACUUGGCGUGAGGUUGAUUUCUGGUACUGACGAAUACUGACUUAAUUCACCACCCGAAACAAAAUAAUCCCUAAUUAAAACAGAAGGCUACACUCAUAAUAAUUGUGGGUAUGUGUGAUUGAAUUAGUACGAUUAUUGUAUCUUGGGGUGUGUUUAGGAUGUUGAUUGGAUUUGGCUCCAGCGGUUGUUCCCUAAUUGAUUGGAUUAGCGGGACAGACUUAACAUGAAUCGCUGUUUUAACUGGACUGAAUCCGAGCGACAUGGUCUGUUGGUUUGUUGUAAACUGAAAAAAAAAAAAUGCACGUGUGAUAAUGAUAAUGUUGGGUUCAUGUUUAGUUCCUGUGACGACUGACAUUCUGGUUGGUUUACCUCAGAGCCUGUUUACCGUGACCAUGUCUGACACAGGCCGGGCGUUGAUGUACUGUGUGUCGGUGGACGGGUGUGUUUCCUGGUCGACGUUUUGUUUCAGCUGGCUGACAUGACGCCCAUCUCUGUGUCUUUUCCAUGUUGUCGGACGUGUUGUACCUUGAAAUAAUGACAAACGGCAAUAAAUUAAUUUGAUGGAUGUUC